ACGCGAAGUAACGAAGCACACUAUCAUUUCAUUAUCCCCUUAAGCAAAUCCACCUCCCUUCCUUCUCCAACAACAGCCCCACUUCUCCCCCACCAUCGCUCUACCAUCGCAAACCUUCUACUGCAUGUUAGCUUCGUCUAUCUACUUAUAAAUCCAUCGAUACAAGCCGCUGCAUGCGCUGCCACUGCUGGAGAAGCUUGAGAACAUGGAGAGCGGAGAAGGUGGCAGAGUCGAGAUCGACACGAGUGCGCCGUUUGGGUCCGUGAAGGAGGCCGUCAUGCUCUUCGGAGAAAGGGUGUUGGCCGGCGAGGUCUACGCAAAUCGGCUCAACGAGAUUCGUGCCGCAGCAAACAGGAAGGAGAAUGAACGCCCGAGUCUUGGAUCCGUGAUCGCUGAACUAGAAGAUACGAAGCAGAACCUUGAGAAGGCGAAGGAGGAGAGAUCGAAGAUGGUGAGUUGCCUCACUUCCCUCGCGGAAGAGCUGGAGAGGACGAAGAUGGAGCUGAAGCAGCUGAAAGCCGGAGAGCACGAGAGGAAGGUCAAAGACAUAGAGAUCGAGGACGUGAAGUUCGUGGAGAAGGCAGAUCAGGUCGGGGUGGAUACGCCGAGCGGCGGACGCGAGCUGGAGUUCCAAAAGCGACGGUACGUCACGUUCGCCAAUCCUCCAUCCCUGGCGCGCGUCCUGAGCGCGGAGGAGCAGGUGUUGGAGAGGCAGUUCUCGGUGGCGAAGGAGAACGCACCGGGGAAGAAGAAAAAGAAGUCAUUCAUGCCUUGGAUCGCAGCGCUGUUCACAGGGAAGAAGGAUCGUCGUCAAGGUAGUGCCGCGUUUGGUAGGACCGGGGGAUUAUAGAGUGUUCGAUUGGGGUUUGUGCAUGCAUGUCUGCAGAUGUGUCCAAAUAACGAUAGACUUACAUUUUCCAUUUUGAUGAAUGAUAAUUUUUCGUCGGAAGAAAUAUACACAUUGGUUGAUUCAAA